AUGUGGCUCGUACUCGCACGCCACGGCCAGACUGAAGACAACUUACACGGCAUCAUCCAGGGCCACAAGGAUACCCCGCUCAACGACUGGGGGCGCUUCGAGUCCGCUCGCCUGGGUCACGCUCUCAGGAAAGUCGCCAUCACAGAAGCAUACACGUCCCCCCUUUCACGAGCGAGCGAGACUGCAAGCAUCGCACUCAGACACCGUCCUGAGAUCACCAUCCACGAGCACCCCGGGCUCAAAGAGCGAGGUCUUGGAAGCUGGGAGGGUCGGAGCCCACCUCCUAAAGAACCUACGCCUGCCGAUGCGGAAGGCUACGAAUCCCUCACUCUGCGUUCCAAACUCUGGUUUGACGAGCUGCUCAGCACUCAUAUCCCACCACCACCCCCCCCUACUGAAAGUCAGCACCGCCGUUCCGUCCAAGACGCCGACACCAUCUUCGUCGUCUCCCACGGCGCCUGGCUCAGCAACUUUCGCCGCCUCCUUUUAUCCCCUGCAUACCACUUCAAAAUAGACAAACACUGCAACCUCAAAGCUCACUGUCUUAACACAAGCAUAUCAUUAGUUUAUUGCGAAUAUAAUCAUGCGAAAAAGAAGUGGACAGGGGUGGUGCAGAUUUGGGCCUACGUGGAGCAUCUGAGGGAUGUUUUGGAGAAGGAGGAAAAGGUGGGGAUUGCUGAUGAUGUGGGUAGAUGA